GCAGCAACUGCUCUUAGGACUAUUUUCUGUUGUUUUAUUUUCAAUCAACUUUAUCCAAGAAUGAUAAGUGGGAGGAGAAAAACGUGUACAAGAUUCCACACAGACUGACGUAAUGAGUUAAUAAAAGUUUCGUAAAAUGAUGUUGAGUCCCUUCUAUAAGUCAAUGUAAAAAAGAACUACAAUACUGCGAGAUGUCUAUUUUUUUGUAUUUUGCUUGCUUAGUAUUACCACAAUCUGCCGUGCACCUGUGCCUACAGUCUUUACUUAGGAGAAUUAUCAACCGAAACGUUUGCAUUGAAAUUAUCAUAUCUGAAAUAACCUUUUCUCAAAAUUGAUCACCAUUAUUUACUGAGUACCUGGCUUAUUUCUGAAAUAACCUUUUCUCACAAUUGAUUACUGGAUUAUUUACUGGAUGCCUGGCUUAUUUCAGAAAAACGUAGGCUACAGACCAAUUGGUGCCAGGAAUAUUAGAAGGUUUAAUUUUAACUACUAUGACCAACUUUUUCAUCCAUAGUUCUCUUCAUACUAUUCUAAUAGUGUUAUAUACCUAAUCAGAGAUUCAACAAGAAACCAAAGCAGAAAAACAAAACAUGAAAAUCGAAUUGUAUAAGAUAGAAUUGUUUUAUACCUGGGCUUCUGUCUUAAUUCAACUAACGAAUGCAGAGUACGAUAACUGUUUCGAUGAUGUCAACAAGGUCAACCUGGCCUGCAACCCGCCAGCCUACGACGUCAUGUGGAACAAUGUGGCCAGCAUCAAAGUUGAGCCCGCCUCGGCCACCUGUGGAUCACCUCCAACAACAUUCCGUCGCCUGGCAAUAAGAAUGCCCAGCACAUAUGAAACGUGUGAUGCCAACAGCCCAGUUUUUCAACAUCCUCCAGUCCAUAUGAUUGACGAUAACACAACAACCACAUGGUGGCAAAGUGUUAAUUUAGCUCCAGGAGCUGCAGAACUAAACAUCAACAUUACCAUUUCUUUUAACAAGAGUUUUCGAAUGGACUCAGAUGUCGUCAUAACUUUCAAUUCUGGCCGACCAGAUAAAAUGAUUUUACUAAAAUCAACGGACUUUGGAGUCACUUGGACCCCUCUGCAAUUCUAUGCUUAUGAUUGCGACAGCUUUCAAGGUGUACUUAUACCAGGAGCGGAAAUAACAGUCGAGAACCCAACAGCUGUAAUUUGUUCAGAGGAGUAA